ACAUCAAUAACAAAAAUUUGUUGCAUUCUAGGGGGAAAUAAUGUACUGAUGCAUUUAGAUUCAGGUUACUUCAAACCCCCCUCCUGUAGUUAAAUUAAACGUGGUUAAUUCAGUGUACUAUAAAUUGAGAAACUUCCUAACCACAUUGCUCACAGGAAAUAAACUCUGAAUGCACCUCCUGACAAACGCUGUAGUGGUUUCUCUUUCCUCGCCAGUACACAGGUCCUGCCCAGAGUUUUGUCUCUUUUUGUGUUUCCAUGUUAAAACAACCAGUGUAACAGUUUCUGUUAGCUUGAGCGAGAGCUUCUGUUCAUGCUUUCUGAAAUUGCACCCAAUUUGUGGACUCUGCUUUUGAGCAGGAAGAUGCGAACGAGAAGUUGAAUCACAACUGCAUUUCACAAUCUGGGGAAGAAACCAGCACUUUCAAAGUUCAGAACCCGAAAACUGCACCAAAGAACGUACAAACAUUAACUCUGUGGCAUCGCCAUGAAAGCGGCACCAUUGUGGAUCCUGCUGUCGAUAGUAGGAUACUGUCUGAAACUCGCAGCUGACCCCUUAAUCAUGACAAAAUACUUUCUGUCUGGGGAGCCGGUUUGGAUCACUCUGCAAUAUCCAGAUCUUACAAAUGGAACAGAAUUCAGUUGGGAAUGGACUUCACAUAGUGGGAUGACCCAACAAACUCAAAUAGCCAAAAUAACAUUGUCAGAUCAUGGCUACUCCUGGACAUGGGGAAAAAGGGCAUCUUUUAAACAAGGUCAGAACUAUGGCAUUCAGAUGGAACCGAAGUUUGCAAAUGGAGGACUAUAUAUUUUUUCACAAAUGAAACCAACACGGUCCAUCCUGGCACAGACUGAAUUGAUUGCAGUAAGAGUUGUCGCCCCGCAGUCUGAUUCCGUCAUAGGUUCUGAUGCGAGCUUCAGCUGUGAGGCGUCUCGUCUGCCGGAUUCAGUCACACUCCAGUGGGAGAAAAAAGAAAAUCACAUCCCUAAUACCACUCUGCUGUACAUCAACACAGCCCACAUCAUUAUCCACAGCGUUGACAUGCAGAGCAGUGGGGAAUACCACUGUACAUUCAGAAAGAAUGGACGUCUAAUCUAUGAUGUUAUGAAAAUGUUAAAAGUCAACCAAUACUCCUACAGUAAGCCGUACACUCUGUACAGAGAGGCAUCCAACAGCAGCAAGGUUACGCUUAUAAACCAACAUUAUGAACGGGCCAGCAAAGCUAGGUGGUACUGGAGACCCGCUUCACAUACAACUGCGAAAAAUAAACAGCCUGUCAGUGCCAGAAUGAUAUUCCCAUCUCAGGGUUUUGAUGGUUAUUACAUACCUCUGCACAUCUCACCAGUCACGUAUGAAGAAAGUGGAAUGUAUGACUUAUAUAUUAAUGAUUACUUCUACAACACUAUAACACUGGUAACUCUUGAAGUGACUCUCGAUCCCCCUGGAGGUCUCUUUGGGAACAAGACCCUUGUCCUGACCUGUGAGGUGUCAGAGACAACUAACUCGUUGACCCUGGCCUGGUUGAGGAUGGAGGGGAAUAGGGGGGUGCUGGAGAAACAGGAAGCUCUGAAUGAAAAUCAGCUCGACAGGAAGCUCCGGCUGACCCUGUCCAGCCCCAGCAGAGACCAAACGCACUGGGCUUGUGUUAUUUUCAGAGGGAGGUCGCUGAGAGCAAAGGCGUCCCUGCAGAUCAGCCUGCCUGCUCCAUCUGCUUCACAAAACAACAUUAUCCCAAUGGUAGCUGCUGUUGGACCACUCAGCGCUGUGUUCUUAGUGGUAGCUCUGGUGCUGUUUUACAAGAGGAGACAAGCAGCAGGUGUUUCUCCGGAGGCAGCGGAAUAUGUGUCCGAGUCAAAAGCGAAGUACAGCAGCGUCCUCAGUUUGCAGGAGUGCAAAUCCAUUCCACUGUCACCAAGAGAAGUACAGAAUGACUCAGAACUUGUACCUGCCCAGACUGAAAAUAUCUACAGCAACGUUAUUUACCUUCCAGAGGACACAGGUCCUAUAAGAACGUCAGUUGUGGAUGAGAACCAAGAACUACAGUAUGCAGCUUUGGUCCUAAGAAGUCUUAGUUCUCAUUCAGCAUCUCCUGCCUCUACAAUGGUUGAACCGUCACAUGCAGAGCAAACGAAUGACAUGGUGAUCUAUUCAGAUCCAAGGAUAUAGUGAGAUGGCUGUGUGGGAUUCUGUCUGCAUCUUAAACUCUGACAUAAUGGCGAAUUAUACAACUCACACACACACACACACAUACACAUACAUACAUAGUCUUCCGUUGACUUACAUCCUAUUGAGUAACUUCCCAUUGUACUUACGUCACACCAGACCCUUAAUAAUAUUUAUAGAGACAUCUGAAGUAGACGUAGCGGAUGUGAGCAACAAGAACCAAGACUGCACUGCCCUUAGAGAGGUGUAGUUAGAUGUAUGUGAUACUGUGUCUUAUGUUAUGUGCAGUAUAUUUGACCUCUCCCCAAUAAUGACCAUGGUACGUCCAGAUUGAGUUACGUCCUCACUUCCAGGACAAAACCAGGACAGAAGCUGAAAGAUACAUAAAAGCGUUUUACGUGCUCCACAUACCGCUAAAAAUGCUAGCGCCAUCUGUGGAGCCGACACAAAACAGCUACACAACGACGGGAUCGCGCUGGCGUUGAUGCUUUGCCUUGAGCUCUACGUGGACUUCAGCCGGAGAUGCAUCCACUAUGCGAUCAUCAGAUCACAGGAUACAAUGGGUGCCAAGAAUCUCCAAAAAUGCUCCAUGAAGAUACUUAUAGGUGGAUCAGGUGUUGCAUAAGGGAUGUGGGUCCCUCCCAGUCACCUGGUUUAUAUGUUUAUGUACAGCUCAGCAACAGUAUGUCACACUUUGGACUCUGACCAUUGAAUUUUUUUUAAAUAAGAAUGACCUUGCAUUGCCCGUAGGUGAGUGUGUGUGAGUGACAGGUGUGUGAGUGUGCCUUGUGAUAGGAUGGUGCCCCAUCCUGGGUUGUUCCCUGCCUUGGUUUUGCACCCCUCUGACCCUGAAUAGGACAAGUGGUUUCAGAAAAAGGAUGGAUGGAUGUAUGUAUGGAUGACCCUGCAUAUAAUUGUUAUGUAAAAAUGUGUUGCUUCUGCAUGAACAAUAUUCAAGCACAGUUUCCAUCAACAAUGACCCACAUCAAAAGUAAUUGAGGGAAUAAGGGACAUAUAAGGGAAUAAGGGACAUAUAAGGGUAUAAGGUACAUAUAAGGGAAUAAGUGACAUAUAAGGGAAUAAGGGACAUAUAAGGGUAUAUGGGACAUAUAAGGGUAUAAGGGACAGUCUUGACCAGAAGUGUGACAGGGAGUAUAUGAUGCUUUAUACCACCAUAUGUCUUCUUGUUCCAGUUUUAUUAAAUACUCUUUCCUGUCAGGUGUAUUCAUAUGUAUGGCCUACAGGUGGCAGCAUUAUAAAGAAUAUGUAGUGCAGCACUGGAUUACAGGCUUAUACAGGUUAUAGUGCAGCAUCCUCAAGAUAAUAUAGGAAUAUAUAUAGUAAUGAGCUGCAAGGAAUAUACAAAGCAAUAGUUUAACUGUGUAACCCCAAAAACUGCUCUAGGUGCAAAGGAUUAGCAGAUAACCCUGUGCUCUGACCCUUGUCUGUGUAAAUGUCUCAUAGGAGAGACGUGUAGGUUCCAGCUCCGUGCCCAUGAUUGGAAGGUUGCUCGCUCCAAUCCCAUGGCCCCAGGGAUGCGAUCUGACUCUGCUCUCUUAUCCUGACCUUGCUUUGGAUUGAAGUGUCUGCUAAACUAAUGUAAAAUAGAUUGGGGGGCAAGAUGGGGGUGUGCAACAACAAGAGAAACACUAUAUAUCUAGGCUUGUACAAAUAGCAAAUAAAGUUUCUGAUUUAUAUUUUCAAUGCAGGUUCAACUACUGAUGAGGGAGGGGCUUGUCCUCUGGCUGCCCUCCCCAUUUCACAGGUGGUUCAGUGCAGCCAGGAAUUAUUGGCCAUUAUAUUGUAGCACCAAAUGACAAGGCGGUAUGUUUCUCCAAUGCUGAAGGCACAACGCAUUUUUCUUUUAUGACUGUGAUG